UUAGUGCUACGAAUUAUGUAGUAGAAGAGGAACCCUAGUCGAUUCUCUUGUUCUCCUCCUCCCUCCCCAAAGAUCUCCAAUUCUUCUCGGAUUUCAAACCACUCGUUUAAUCUCGUCAUUUUGAAGUCGCUUCCCUCCUGAUCUUGAUCUAUUCUGACGCGGAUUUGGAAAAUGGGUUUAUCAGGGCAAAGGGCGGCCUCGAAUCCCUCGGCCAUGCUUGCAGCGCUCGUAAGCAAGAGGGAUAAGCUCCAGGACGAGCUACGGGUUAUCGAAAGACAAGUCUAUGACCUAGAAACUACAUACCUACAAGACUCAAACCAGAAUGGAAGCGUGCUGAAAGGUUUUGAAGGUUUUUUAUCAUCAUCAAAGGGCACUUCUAACAUGAAACGUUCCAGAAAGUUUCAGCCUGAAGACAGGUUAUUCUCCUUGUCAUCGAUUACCUCCCCAGCGGUUGAAGAACAUGUAGCUGGCCGAGAUGAUGGAAGGUCUGAAUAUGGUCCAGGUCGAUCAAAAGGUGGAGGUACUCCUGCAAAUGGACAAGGAAAGCCAAAGAAGGGAGGAAGAAUUGCUUCAAGAGAAGGCAAAAGGCUCAGACCUUCAAGUGAACAGGAAUUGGAUGAUGAAGAAGAUCUUGAUAUGAGUUUGAGAUGAUUGUUGUAGCACUAGUUUACUUUUUAUGUUUGGUAAUUUAUGGGCUAUGUUGACUAAGGCUUUGCUGAAAUCCUCCACAGCUGAUGUCUAGACUCGGACUACUCUUUGGUCCAUCUGCCAUUCCACUUAUUCUCACUGACGUUUCAUAUCUUGAUGCUGGACCUGAUAGAAUCUAGACGAGUGGACUAUAAAUUCUCUUCUGUGUACCAACUUGAGAAAUAUGUUGUAUUCUGAUGCUGCACAGAAGUUUCUAUUGACUCACUCAUUCGAUCACCAA